CUUCGUUUGAAGCGGUCGCGCGGCACAUCACAAAACGCGCGCGACAAACUUUUACGAUUCGAUUUGAUUUUUAAAUUUUAAGCGAUGUUUAUGCAAUACGAUUCUUUGCCAGCUAAGCUGGAUGAAGAGUUUAGCCUUCCUGUCGAGUCGAUUAUGCGUUGCGAGAAUUUUAAGAGCAACUUUGCUCGUCGACUCUCCAACCGAUACAUCAUCAGGACUCCAUCGAUUCCAAAACAGGAUAACACCUUGAAGUUGAGGCCUCAGGAUGCGGCGAUUAUCAAAAACACUCCGGACAAAGCUCCAGAAAGAAUUGAGCAAUGUACUCAACUUUCCAAAAGCAGUGUUACGGAGCAGAAUGGAGAGGGUGUCAAGCCUCCAGACAAGAAAACGACCUCGGACAUACGACGGACGGAAGUCACCGCUCUCAAUAUGGAGGUGGAGACCUUACGGUGGCAAUUAGCACAGACUGAAGCAAAUCGGCAGAUGCAUAUAGGUCUACUGAAACAAAUUGUUACUUUUCUGCAUAGCGUGAAAGACCACAUUGAGUGCCAGAAAACUGAAAGUCCAAAAAAGGAAAUUCACAGCAGAAUUUUGCCGCAAUCAUUCAACAUUGCAGACUUGCCUCGUUCCAAGUCUGCUUUACAUGUCAACAAAAAUCUUGACUUUACUACUCCACCGAGAAAGAUAAGCACAAAGAAGAUUAGCAAGUCUAUCAGUAAUGUCGACGGUUUUAAAGACUGCCAAGGUUUAUGGAACCAAUCGAAGUUGUCACUCAUGUCAGAGAUGGAAUCUUCGCAGAAAAUAUCUCAGGAGAUGUCAAGACUGAUAACUCUUGCCAAUACUGUACUGAGCACCAAACUGCCCGAUCUCGCCUGCACUUGUAAUAACAAUAAUUCUAGUGAACUUAAUAGUUUAACAUCCAUUAAUUUAGAUAAAGAUCUGUCACGCAAGCCGUCUAAUUCAUAUUUAAAUCUCAUUGAGGAAGACCCGACGAAUGCUUUCAUUUUAAACACUAUAUGCGAUAGCGAAGAUACAUCCGAUUGCAUAACCAAUAAAUUUAUAGACCUAAAAAAUGACCCUUCUUCUUUUGAUUUGGAAAACGACUUUUCCAUUCUCAAACUUAACGACAAGGAACGACACGAAUCUUUCAAUGUAUCAAAGAAUGAGUCAGAAUCGCUUAAAAAAGCGCCAAAUAUUUCUAAUUUCAUUGAAGAUGAAAGUGGAUUUUCUUCAAUGAGCUCAUUCCAAGACAUUGGGAUACCUAUAAUAAACAUAAUACCACCAUCGCCAUGUCGAGAAGUAUAUAUAGAAGGAAUGUCCGAUAUUUUGGAUUCGGAAAAGUGGAAGACCAAUACUUUGGAGUUGGAGAAGCAAACGAUGAAAGUGUUUUGGGUAUAAUAAAUUAACGUACAAAAUAUAAAGUCUUGUAAGGGUGCCGUAUCUCAUAAUAAGUCAUGGUCUCUUGUGACCUAUUAAAUAUGAUUGGUUAAUUUACUACAGCUAAUUUUGUUAAUUUCCCUCAUUUAAUUGCCUUAAAGUAAGAUGAUUAACUUUGUAUUACAUUUUUCUAUUUUUAUUGAUUUAAAAUAAAAUUUGGAGUCACUUUGAUUGUUGUUUUAUUUGAAAUCGUACAAAAGCCUUGGACUCUCUGUGACAAUUCGACACGAGGAGAAAAUCUCGACCAUGACAAUUUAUGGUUGCAGAAAGUGUUUUAUCGAUUUCUAUAGGCGCGAUCAAUUGUU